AUGGAGAAAUAUAAAUUUAUUGAAAAAUUGGGUCGAGGUACACAUGGUACAGUGUAUUUACUUGAAAGUCCUGAUAAUAAACAACUUGUUUGUAAAUCAGUUGUAGAAAAGCAUCUUAAACAUGCUAAGAGAGAAGUGUCUAUUUUAAGUACAUUAAGUCAUAAAAGAAUUAUAAAAUUAGUCGAAUUUGUUCAAUCUAAAGGAUCUUCUUUUAUUAUUCUUGAAUAUGCCAAUAGAGGUACUUUAGAAACAGUGAUAUCAUUUUUUAUUCAAAAAAAUAGAAAAGCUACAAAUUUUCUUUUAUGGUCAGUAUUCUCUCAAGUUGCCGAAGGACUAGAAUAUCUUCAUUCAAAAAGUAUUAUACACAGAGAUAUUAAACCCAGUAAUAUUCUUAUAAAUUCUGUUGACUUUAACAGAGAAGAAAUACUUAAUUUUAAAAUUUGUGAUUUCAGCCUUUCAUAUCAACUGUGUGAUGAAUUUACAGAAUCUUCCAUUGUAGGCACUCCUUUUUACAUGGCACCAGAAAUUGUAAAUAAAAUUAAAUAUAACACUGGCGUAGACAUAUGGGGCCUAGGAGUAAUAUUAUAUGAACUAGGAAGUUUAACAAAACCUUUUAAAGGAGAAAAUAGAACAGAAUUAUACAAACAAAUAAAAAAACAAGUAAUAAAAAUAGAUUUUAUAAAAGACAAAGAUCUAGUAGAUUUGUUAUUAAAAUGCUUAUCUAGAACCAAUAGAAUUACCGCACAGGAAAUAUUAAAUAACUCUAAUGUUAAACUGCAUUUGACAAUCUUGGAUUUGAAACAUAAAGAUUUAAAAAUUGAAGAAUUGCAAAAAAAAGUGAAUGUUCUUGAGAAAAGAUUAGAAUGGCCGCCUACUCCUAAUAAAUAA